AUGGCAGACACUGGAAGCCGCUUGGCGGCCGCCGUACCUGCGCGGCAGGCUCGGCAGGCGCGGGGAGGGAAAGCAGCAGCUCGAGCGCGCAGCGGAGGGGGAAGUCGGAAAGGUCGCGGAGGUGGCGCUGCGCGGGAUGCGCGAAGGACGAGCAGCGCAGAAAGUUGGAGCUACAAACGGAGAUACAUGAGAAGGUUCUUCGACCGCUGGUGCUCCGCCAGGCGCCACGCGGCAACCGCAGAGUCAGCGUCGCCCGUACAGUCACAUUCGAACAUUCGUUCCCCCACCCAACCCCUCUACCCCCUGCUAUACGCACAAUUCCGCUGCAAUAACCACCCCCAACAUUUCCCCUUCACCAUCUCGCCUUCAGCCAGCAACAACACCCUUCUCGCCAUCCCCUCUUCGCUUCCCUGUCUCUUCCCACGCUCAUCCGCGUGCGUCGCGCGUGCCCGCCAUGGCCAAACGCCUGAUCCCGCUUCUGGAUCGCGUGCUCGUCGAGAAGAUCAUUCCGCCCAGCAAGUCCAUCGGCGGGGUUCUCCUGCCGAGUCAGCCACCGCGUCGCAGCUGAACACGGGCAAGGUGGUGGCGGUGGGCGCGGGGGGGCGCACGCGGGACGGCACGGUGAUCCCCACGGCGGUGAAGGAGGGCGACACGGUGCUGCUGCCGGAGUACGGCGGCAGUCAGAUCAAGCUCGACGACAAGGAGUACGUGCUAUUCAGGGACGACGACAUCCUGGGAAUUCUCAAGGACUAG